AUGGCGAAGGAUGAGAACACCUUCACCGACACCCUCACCCUCCAUUUGCCAGUCGGUUCGGUGAAUGAAGCCGGGGUAUUUACAUUACGAGAGAGGCAAGAGAGUGGCGGCAAGAGGAGUAAGAGGACUACGACAACGACGACAUCGAGCCCGACGAGCACCGCCGCGUCGUUGAAUCUUCUGACCGAAAGCGACGAAGAUGUCGUCGAACCCGCAGCCUUGCUCGCCCCCGAAGAUGCCGCCUGGAGAACAGAGUCCUCCAAUGUAUCCGUCGACACUGUUUCCUUGUCAGCGCUACCUACUCAGCCACCCGUUGAGCUUGUCGUCAAGCCCCUCAGCAAAGUCGUUUUACCCUGUGAUCUCGAGGGCAAUUACACGAGGCUCCUUAUGCCGGCCGUCAGGAGUUAUAGAAUUCGACCAGCAAGCUGGUUACACGAGGGAGUAGCGGUAGAUAUGAUAACCAUUGAUACCAGGACGGAAAUGAGUGGCACGGGUCAUAGAUAUAUUGGCGACUCGUCGACAGCGGCGUUGCAUAUCGAUAACGUACGACUCGAAGAUGAUGGUAUUUGGACGUGCCAACUCGAGGACGACCAAGGGAAGCUCCUCGUCGGUAGGCCCGUUAAGCUAGUGGUUCUUGAUGCCCCGCGAGGGACGUAUCUGCUGAUAGAUGGUCGUCGGCUUGAUCCGGGAAACCAGUUCGUACCGGUGAAGGAAGGCUCGGAAUUGACUCUGGAAUGUGCAGCGGAGGGUGGAAACCCCGCACCGGUACUCGCCUGGGGCAUGACCUUGUCCCAGGCGACGCUGGACGGACCGGAACAGCUACCGGAUAAUCUCACCAUCGUGCCAGCUACUUCGCCCAUUCGUACGGGGGCUCACUUGAAGGUCCUGAGGGGUCAUCACAAUGCCACCAUCAUCUGCGUUGCAAGGCACAUCACUCUCGCGAUACCCAUGAAUGCCAGCAUACUCCUCGACGUUCAAUAUAUGCCGUCGUUCACGAUGACACGCUUACCAGGCUUUGGAAUUCCAAUCGUCGAGGGGAUGUCCGUCAGUUUGAAGUGCGAGGUGGACAGUAAUCCAUCAAGCGUACCAAUAUGGAAGCGAAAUGAUGAGCCACCCCCGGUAGAGCAGAGCGAUGAUGGAUGGUUGAAUUUUACGAAAAUCAGCCAAGCGGAGAGCGGUUGGUACAAAUGCUAUACGCGACAUAUGCUCGGCAUUUUUUCGAGUAUCGGCUACUUCCUCAAUGUGCGCUAUAAUACUGAAAUCGAAACAGAGGCUGAGGCACUAAAUGGCGAGGCAACAGAUUCACGGAAGAUGGAAGUUCAGAUUGGCGGGGCCGUGACGUUGGAGUGUGAUGGCGGCUGCUGGGGACAUGGCCCAGGUAUGGACCCUGUCGGAGGUCCAGGGCAUCUCGCACUUAGCAGAGUUGUGUAUCAGGAAGCCGGCGAGUACCGAUGUGUUUCGCCUGAUCCUAAACAACAAGAUUCUUGGAGAGCUCAGCUUCCAUAUCACAUUAAAGUUACCGGUCGACCAAUGGUUCAUCCACUAACACAAACAAUGACAAUGAAUGAAGGGGAUAAAUUCGAUGUUAUAGUUGAAUUUUGUGCCGAACCCAGUUAUACCAAAGUUCUUUGGAUGUCCGAGGAACGCGUUUAUGUGCCAGGUGGUGAGUUACGUGAUGGCGUUCAAGCUCUGCUUAUAGAGGACGGUGGUGCUGAAGCCUGUCACCGGAGUAUCCUGCGCUUCGAACGGGUCCAACGAUCGCACGCUGGGGAAUGGCUAUUGUUGGUGCGUUCACCCGAAGGUCUCGCAGAUGCUUCCGUCUCUCUCAAUGUGACCCUCGCUGCAGGUUACAGUCACAGCAACAACAUCGCUCCGGAUAUGACGCGACUGCUAAUCUGCUUGAUUAUAGGAUUCAUACUGCGGACAAGACCUUGA